UUGUGUCUCCUGCUGGGAAGCAACGUAUAUAGAAAUGACAGAGAAGUUGGCAGCCAUGAUACGGACAUAAACGUUCGAGACUCUGCUCCGUGUCGGCUCGUGUCAUGUUCAGUCAUCGUAGUAGAAAAGCGCUCGCAACGACGCUGUGUCGCAGCGCGUCACCCGCGGCUCUGAAAGCCUGCCGUCUCGUCUCCCAACACUGAAGACGAGCGCGACAAAAGGGAAGAAGCGUGGCCGAAGGUGCUCCCGCGGGGAACAGGUGCAGGAGACAUAGAGACAUUUCGCUCGUCAGCCGGCGCUGUUCCGGGCUCGCCCGGUCGGGCGCGCAGGCGAAAAACCUGAGGCGCGCAUUUCCCCUGGAGAGGCCGGAGGCCGCGGACUUCGGCGGAGAAGGAGCUGCUUUUUCUGCUCGUGCGAGCGCGACGUGCUCGCAGCCCUGCUUCAGUAACCACGGUGGGUCGGUGCGCGUUUCCUCCGACUGAUGAGCCAGCCAGCCAGCCGGGCAGCUCCUCGAAGUGCGCGCCGAUUGUUUUCACGGGAAAAUCAGGUGGCGGCCGGCCGUGCCAGCACGCGUGAUUCUACGCGGGCGUCGCAGGGGAGAGAGAUCGCGUGGGAGCGUCGCGCGUCGCGACGCGUCGCGCCGCGGCGACAGUGACAGCUCGGAACUCGAAGAGGGUGUGGGCCGCGACGCCGCCGCCAGCGGAUGCGCUUAGUGGAUAGUCUCGCAAGAAUCUCUACGCAAAGCUCCGCCCUCAGAUGAGAUCGGAAGGAUCAGCGCGUUAGCGAACAGCACAAGCAGCGUACUCUCCGACGAGAUGGACACUGUCGACAGUGCCAACAAACGGCAGGCUACGCGUGUCUUCAAGAAGUCCAGCCUCAAUGGCAAGAUUACGGUCUACCUUGGCAAGAGGGACUUCGUCGAUCACAUCACGCACGUUGAUCCCAUUGACGGAGUCGUCCUGAUCGACCCCGACUACGUGAAAGACCGGAAAGUGUUCGGCCAUGUUCUUGCGGCGUUCAAGUACGGAAGGGAGGAUUUGGACGUUCUCGGACUGACAUUUCGUAAAGACCUCUAUCUGGCGGCGGAACAGAUCUAUCCCGUGCCGGAAUCUCCGAUGUCGCGACGGGAGUUAACACGAUUGCAAGAAAGGCUGAUCAAAAAACUGGGUAACAAUGCGUAUCCCUUUUACUUCGAGCUACCGCCUCACUGUCCGGCCUCGGUCACCCUGCAACCGGCGCCCAGCGAGACUGGCAAACCCUGCGGCGUGGACUACGAAUUAAAAGCGUUCGUAGGUGAGGCGCAGGACGACAAACCGCACAAACGGAAUUCGGUAAGGCUGGCCAUCAGAAAGAUCAUGUACGCGCCGUCGAAACAGGGCGAGCAGCCCUCGGUGGAGGUGAGCAAAGAAUUCAUGAUGUCCCCCAACAAGUUGCAUCUGGAAGCUUCGCUUGACAAGGAGCUCUACCAUCACGGCGAGAACAUAGCUGUGAACGUGCACAUAGCGAACAAUAGCAACCGAACUGUGAAAAAGAUAAAAGUGUCGGUUAGGCAGUUCGCGGACAUCUGCCUGUUCUCUACGGCGCAGUAUAAGUGCACCGUCGCCGAGGCCGAGAGCGAUAUAGGGGUAGCGCCAGGAUUUACCCUGAGCAAGGUGUUUUCUCUGAGGCCGACGCUUGCCGACAACAAAGACAAGCGGGGUCUUGCACUAGACGGUCAGCUUAAACACGAGGACACCAAUCUCGCGUCUAGCACAAUGGAGGGAUGCCCGGUGGGACCGGGUUUCACGCUCAGCAAGGUGUUCUCCCUGACACCCCUUCUGGCCAACAACAAAGAUAAAUGGGGGCUCGCCCUCGACGGCCAACUCAAACACGAGGACACCAAUCUGGCGUCCAGCACCCUUGUCGUCGACCCGUCGCAACGUGAGAACCUCGGCAUAAUCGUCCAGUACAAAGUUAAAGUGAAACUUUGCCUCGGCACCCUCGGAGGCGAGUUAGUCGCGGAACUGCCCUUCAUACUGAUGCACCCCAAACCGGAAGAGGAGGAACCAGCACCGUCCACGGCCCGACCAAGCCCUACGCACAAAACUGACGGCGGGGAAGUCCCUCUCGACGCCAACCUCAUUCAAUUGGACACGGAGACCGACGGUGACGACGACAUCAUCUUCGAGGACUUCGCGCGUCUGAGGUUGAAAGGCGAGACAGACGCUUGACCGUGUUCUGCUGACAGCUUGAAGCGUCCCGACACGUUCAACCGUUUGACCUUGACACCACCUCGUUGCGCGCAAGACAGGAACCGCACGACAUCGCCGGUUGUGUCGAUAGCAACGGUGCCACAGCAACAAACUUGAACGACGGUUUAUUAUCGUUAGCAUCGAGCACAAAAUGUCGCCGACCUCUUUCCACCGUUUUUUUGGAAAAUGUUACAAUUUCUUGAAUUAAUAAUAGUUGGUCGCGAAAAAACGAAGAGAAGACGUUUAAAAGGAAAUUAGAGAGAAACAAAGAGAAACAUAGAGAAAUGAUAUAAGAGAGGAAUUUCGGAUGAAUUGCUUCGUGAACGUAAUUUUGGAUUUCUCACGAAUUAACUGAAAACCGGAAAUACGGGAAGAAUUCCUCUUCGAUGAUCGCCAUUUUUACCAAUCAUCGAAGAUAACAAGAUUUACACCAGAGUUAAAGAAUUACGCUAGAGUGGGUGGUUUGUUUAUUAUUUAGAGAACCGUUAUUUACCGAACAAUUGCUGUAUAAAUUAACUGGGCAACAAUUAAUUGUGUCGUUGUCUCGCGGCGUGUGUUCACUAAUUGAUCGUGAACGAUUUCCAUUUGUGAGAAAAGUACGGCGAAUUGGUUGGCGUUUGCGAACUUUUCACCAAAUGCCGACGACAUUUUACGCUUUGGCUCUGAAUGCGGCAUCAAAGACUGAUAUUAUCAUGGAGAACAUCCAGAAAUUUUAGCCAAUGAGACGUAUUUAUUGUAAAACUCUUAAUGCUAAAUGAAAGCUGCUACUGUAAAAAAAAAAAAAAAAGAAAAAUCUAUCCAAGAGAGAAAAAUUCGGUGUAUCGAUAUUUCGCAUUUUUUUUUAAAAGAGAGAGGACGAAAAGUCACAAGCGAAAUUCGCAAUUAAUUCGGCCACUCGACGAAAUAAUCAGUCACGAGUGAAUCGCGAGUUAAUUCAAUAAAUACGAGUUUAUUAAUUAGAAGUUAAACUACCAACUAAUUCAAUAUCGAAUCGAUGCAAAUUCGAGGACGAGAGUCUAUCCGGGACUACCGAACAGCCGCUUUUAGUGAGAUCACAAUCGUUUUAUAAACACGGCCAGUACACUGUCUUUAAGUUGCGUCAGCGUAAGGGAUAACACUUUUACCAGUCUUUUUAUUCGUUGGGUCCUCAGUUCUACUUUUACCAGUGCGGACGAGUGAAUUAACGACGAGCUAAUAUCGUGCGGGCAGCGAGUUCGCGAGAAAGGCGAGUCUAACGCUUCUUCUGUUCUCGUGAUAAUUUCGCGGAAUCACGAUACUACAAUUAUAAGUCAAACACGAACGAGAACACAAUUAAUUGCAGGCAACUGGAAGCCGUUGACGAACGAAUCGUCUGAUGUGAGACCCUUUAUAGGACGAAACACAGAACGAAAGAAAAAUCGAGCCUUUUAUAUUUUCUCGCGUUUCUCAGAGAAGUUGAAUUACUGUAAGGAUAUAGUUCACGACAACGAGACGGUGAGAAAUGAUCAGCCCUCCUGCAGAUAAACUAUAAAGGGUUAAGACUCCAGACGGAGCUUGUUCGGGAAUGUUUAACGUAAUAAUUGGACGAAGUGCGGAGCGAUAACGUAGGAAAGUUAGCAAAGGAAAGUUAAGCUGGCGUUUCGAGAUGCAGAGAUGUCAAUUCGUAGAUAUAUUUAUGGAUAUAAUUUCUAGGAUUUAUAUAUUAGUAGACUCAUAAGAUUUGUAAUAUUAAUCCGUUGCACCUCCCUCUCCUCCCCACAUACCCCGGCGACCCCGAUUAUAUUCUCAAUUAACUGAGCUAAUGAAUUGAUUAAGUUAAGACAGCGAGCACAGUUCAGUCAUAAGUAUCGUCUUCGGCCAAUAUCGAUUGUACGUUUUCGGGCUCAGAUACAAUGAAAGGAAUAAGGAACAAGGAAUUAAAUACGUGGAAUUAAGAACGAGGAAUUAAACUUCGACAUAUAGACAACCAUGCCUCGAUUAACAAUAAAAGAAGAAUAGAGAAUUCAGAUUAAGAAUACACAUAUUGUCGAAAUUCGAUUUCUUAUAACUUGAGUGCUUAUAAGGCUUAGUAGUUGAUUGGAAAUUAACUUUCAAAAUGACUGACGAUCAACAAUACACAAAUGAAGAUUAGUUAAUCGAUCAAGAAAAUGACAAAAGUGUUAAGGGGAUGACGAAGUCGAUGACGAACUUGAUAAGCGUCGAUAGUAUAGAAGCGAUCCUCAAAAUGUUAUAUUACAUAAAUAUUAACACGAUCACGCUACUUUGUAUUUCUUAUACAUAUAUGUUUUACGUAAAUGUUAAUGCGAUAUAAACGUGAAUAAGAUGAAUGUGCGCUACUCUGUUUUAUCAUAUCUAACGGAGAAUCUAUAAAAUGUCAAGAUAUAUAAACAUUUUUCUGUAAAUUUUUCGUAUUUUUUUUUAGAUUUUUAUAUACAAUUGUGCAGAAAUGUUCUUCGAAACUUUCCUCAUCGAGGCAAACACACACUCGAUAUGUACAAGUUGCACAAUUUUUGUUUUAGUAAAAUAUUUACUCUGCUUGACAGGUAGAGAUUUCAGUUUUGUGAUUUUUCAUCGUUUUCGUCACAUAUCGGACAAUGCUUCAAUUCAUUUUCGUACGUACUUUCGCUGUAUAGAAGCAUUUGUAAUUCUGUGCAACCAAUAAGACGUGAACUUUGCAGAAAGAAAUCAGUAUUCUGUCGGUAAAGUUUUCAAAUAUGGCAUCCCCUUAAUAACGACAAUAGAGGUUCGUUAGAAAAUAGUAAAAGUGUAGUUUAAAACGUCCUCAUGUCUUAUUCUCAAUUCCUCUUAUCGUGUUUUAAACUACAGCUUCCUAAUUCCAUAUAUUUAAUUCCUUGUCCCUUACUCCUUUCAUUGUAUCUGAGCCCUUUCUUAAGACUGCUCGUGAAUUCGAUUUGCAUUCGCGUUCACGACACGAUGUUAGCAAAUCUCGACUCGCCCGAAUUUUGAACAUCGUUUAGCACUUCGAUAUCGAUAUCGCCUAAUUGAACCUCGGGCACAAAGACUUUUGCUAUAAGACGACGAAAAGUGUUACGAAGAUCAUCAUCCGACAAACUCACAUCGCUCGAAAGGAACGAUAUCACGGCGACAUUGCCUCGCGCGUAAUUACGUCUCGUCAUUUUUCCGAGAAUCCGUAGGAAACCUGCUCUCCCUUCUUCCCCUCCCCUCUCUUCGUUAAAAGCAGCCGGAGAACUGCAUUCUUGCUAAUUCCGAGAACGAGUAAUUAAAAAGCGCACGCGCAUAUAACCUUAACAUGUAGAUACGAAACGUUGCUGAGUCUCUCCUCAGCCGGCAGCCGGAUUCUCGCGAAGAUGACGAUUUACCAUCAACGGUUAAUUUUCCAAUUCUAAAGAAAGUCAAGUCAACGAUGAACGGUCCACGUUGGCAACGAAGUUUAAGUAACGGCGACAUUAAUUACGAUGACGCAGUUUGCAGAGCCACGAAGAAACUAUAAAGCAGCAAUGUACAUGUAUAUAUACAUAUACGGGAGGCGAGAGAAAAUAGUAUUUUUUAUCACUUUAGCAUUUACAAACUGUAUUUAGACGAGGUAAUUCAAGUAUAAUGGCUCGGACUGUCUUUUCGCCGCGCGUCACCAACUGGUCGGGGACGCGCGGCGGAAAACGCACGGGCGUGUUUCUUUUAUACCAAAGCCGACGUUUCCGCUUUUUUCUUUUGUAAUGCUUCUCGAACAAGUAUUAAUAGUAAAUCGCGAGAGUGAAUUAAAUCUAAAGGGACUUACCAUCCGAUUGAGUACAUUCAUUUCUCCUCAAUACGAAAUGUAUUUUUGUUGAUCCAUUUAAUUAAUAGACAUGUAUAAGUAAUAAUUCUCAAUUAGCAAGAUGACGUCAAGUGACGUCUCGAUGACGUUUUAAACGUUAAUAGAACGUCACUGAAACGUUACUUGACGUGGCCUUGCUACUUUUUUCAAAUUACUGAGAAUUAUUGAUUAGUCGCGCGGAUUUAUAUUUUGUCCUUGCAUUUUACGUCCAGUUUGACAUUAACGACGUCGUCGUAAAUUUAAUAUGUAUUUAAUUUAAUAUAAUAUUUAAUCUUUUACGACGAUGUGUCGUAAAUUUAAUCCACUUUCUCUCUCCUUUCAUUGAGAUAUCGCUUUAUUUAAUAUCUAACCAACGGAUCGCACUUAUUUUUAAGGAGCUCCUCCAUUUUUUGACUCGCUCUCGUAAGGAAAAACCGGAAUACAUGCAUGUUCAACGAACGUAGCUAUUAUUUAAUUAAGGGAAAAAAGUUUUUGCGAUUGUGGUAAAUGUCGAGUGUCGACACUUCGAUUAUCGUUUUAAACAUAAGCGACGUGUGUGAGUGUAUAUGUGCCGCGGCUUGUGUAUACAAUGAGAGUAUAUUUUAUAUUCGCCCGAGGGCGCGCGCAUAUUUUUUAUAUGAUCGCAACGGUGUAGGUCGUUAACGUUCUUAUUGUCACCCGAUAGAACAAGAUAUACAGAAUGGAUUACGCCGCACAAAACUGGGAGAAGUAAAUGAAGUCAAUAAAGUGGUGCCGUCUCUGUAACUGUAAUAUCGAGAUCGUUUUCCUGCGAUAUGAAACCACACCAUAUAUACAAAGUGUCGCAAAAAGAAAAUAUAAAUCCUAUCCAUCGCCGCAGGCGUUGAUUUGAGAAUUUUAGCAAGAUUUUAAGACAGGUCUUCAGGUACGAGAGAGAUAUUCGCAUCGACGAAUUAAUAUUAUGCGUUAGACCUACCAGCAGAAGCUACACGACUUGAAUAAAUAAGAAAGGGGAAUAUAUAAAACUACACACGAUUAGAAUGUUGAUAUUCAAUCGUUUUAAAAACUUGCUGAAAUUGUAUAUCAAUUUUGAAAACUUGUAACAAAAAUUUGUAAUUAAAGUUUCUGUAUACAAAUUAUACAAAUCACGUAUACUCGUGUUCAAAUAUAUGAGUUCCGUUACAAUAAAAAAAAAAACAAAAAAAAAACAAAAAAAACACUAAAUGAACCGAAUUCUUUUCUAUGCCAACUUGAAUUACGAUUAUCUCGCUAUUAAAUGUGAAAAAAAAAACGAAGGUAUAUAUAUUUAAUAUUAAAAACUGAACGUUGUGAGACUAAUUUCACGAAGGGAGAAAUCCAACGACACCUAAUUUCUUCUCGCGUGUGAAACCUGGACGCGACAGUUUUUGGGACACUCUGUAUCUAACGAAUCUACUGAAUCACAGUAUCACUGCGAUAAGGAAAACAAACGAUUACGCUUCUUCAAUGUAACAUAUUUUGCACCGGAGAGCUCACAUUUCUCUCAUUUACUUCGUUUGUCCGAAGAAAAGAUUGUAUUCCCGUGCAAGUAGAGAGCCUUAGGAUUAAACGUAUCGCGGAACGCGGAUAUGCUGUUAUCAGAAUGGCUGCUGCAUCGUGCAACAUAUAGACCGACGUAAAUAAUUGAUUACACUGCGCAUAAUGGUAAACGACAUAAGUUAGAGACAAAAAAAGAGGAGGAGGAAGAAGACGAAGAAGAAAGUAAACGAAGGAAAAGAUAGAGAUAGGUAGAGAGAGAGAGAGAUAGAUAAAAAGAGGAAGAGAGAUUAUGCGCUCGCCUUGAGAGUGUGUAUCUUUAAUUAGUGUAAUCGAGUUGAUGUACAAGUAUCGUGGUUCAUUACAGCUGUUACACGUGUAAAUCAUAAGUGAGAAGAAAAGAGAGGGCCAUUAUUGCUACUUGUACAUUGCGCUAGAGGACGAUUUAUUUAUUGAAGCCGCGCGUUGUUAGUUAGCAACACAAAGUCGUGUCGUUCAUGGUCGUUCGUUGUUCAUUCGUGAAUAAUCCGUUUUGUAUGUAAAAGAGAUUACAAGAGAACUAAUAAAGAAGAAAGCGUGAGAGAGAGAAAAUAAGCGAGAGCGAGAAUAAAUGAGCGAGAAUGGAUGAAUGAGAAUGAGAAGGAGAGAAAGGAAAAUGCGAGAAUGCAUGCGUAUAAAUGACACGAAGUAAAUAAUGCAUAAUAUAUUGUAUAUGUAAAGAUCGUGUAUUCUCGUAUUGUAACUAGCUGUAAUAAUUUAAUAAAUCCUGUAUAUCGGAACUAUACAUAA